AUGACCGCUGGACUCAAGACGAUCAUCGCCCUCUCCUUUGUUCUCGCCAUUGGCUUCCUGCUUGUUAUCCUGUCAUCGGCGCUCUGGCACAACUUCCUCCCACUGGUCGUCGUUGCGACUUACGUGGUUGCUCCCCUGCCCAACUGGAUCUGCUCGCGAUGCGCAAACCCCGAUGAUUUUAUGGACAGCUCUGGCAAUGCUGCUGCUGAUUUUGGUCGUUUCCUGACGGGCUUCCUGGUGCUGAUGGGUAUUGCCCUCCCCGCCGUUCUUGCGCACAGCGGCGCUAUCGAGAUCCCCGCCAUGAUCAUGUCCAUCAUUGGCGGUCUGUUGAUCUACGGAACCAUCAUCAGUUUCUCCAUGUUCUUCAGGGAACAGGAAGACUUUUAA